AUAAUGUCUCUUUUGUUCAAAUGUCUAGUUAUUUUCUCUCUGACUCUGGUGCACUCGAUACAAAAUAGUCAUGCGGCUCGACAACUCCUCCAAACUGGUCCUCCGAUAUUACCAACCCUUCCCUCAAUUCCAAUAUCUAUCCCCACCACAUUGCCACCUCUUCCCACAACCCUCCCGACCUUGCCUCAACCAACUCUUCCCAUCGCUCUCCCAACCUUGCCAAAUCCAACCGCCUUACCACCACUUCCAAACAACCCUUUGCCAACUCUUCCCACCGCUCUUCCGAGCCUGCCAAAGCCAACCGCCUUGCCACCACUACCAAACAACCCUUUGCCAACUCUUUCCACCGCUCUUCCGAGCCUGCCAAAGUCAACCGCCUUGCCACCACUACCAAACAACCCUUUGCCAACUCUUCCCACCGCUCUCCCGAGCUUUCCAAAGCCAGCCUCCUUGCCACCACUUCCAAACAACCCUUUUCCUAACCCAACAAUUCCGGCCAUUCCUGUUGUUCCUCAGGUGACACUGCCCCCACUGCCUAAAUUUCCAUUCACCGCACCGCCUCCAUCAAAAUAA